UUGCAGUUGGUAGGAAUGGAAGGAACAAGACCGGAAGGAACAAGACCUGAAGGACUGGAAUUAAGCAGUGGUAUCAAGCAACAGCAUAUCAACAAUGCUCCUUCUACAGGAUCUUUUCCUAAUUGGAGAUCUAUACUAUCACCAACACAGCCUUCCACAGAAACUAAGACUCCCUCAGUAGCUGAUAUUUCUCUGGGACAGACUUUGGAGAAUGCAGACUUGCUUCAGAUGAUAAAAACAACGCUGACAGGCGCACGUACCAGGACUUUGGAUCAAAUGCACCUGUCACCCUCCCUUUAUCAAGGCAGUGGGAACAGUGCACCCCAGGAACCCGCUGAGGUUUCGGCUGAGUCACCUCUGAGGUCGUCGUCCCAAGAUGCAGAUGACACAGCUGCUCUAACAGUGUUAUCUGGAGUAUCUUCUGGUGCAAUACCUACAGUAGAAACUUCAGAAGCAAAACCACUAACAAGAAAAUCAUCUCCAGCUUCACCAGUGCCAGCUUCUUCCUUCUUUUCUCUAGGCACUGAAAACACACCUUUGCCAUCUGUGAUGGCUUUAAGCACACCAAUACUGACACUAACAAAAAAUAACACUGCCACAAAACUGACAUCGGAUCUAAGCUCGGUAGGAACACAGGCAGAUUUUCCUUUUGCAACAAGGAACAUGACUGCCUCACCUGUGGACGUGCCAGUUAUGCUCAUAACCCCCAAGAGCAGCACGGCCACAGCUUCCACACUUGCACCCACAGCCCAUGUGCCAAGGCAGAUAGAAACAACAGUAACUGACACCCAGAAGUUCCCGAGCUCAGACAUCACCAAAACGCCAACCCCAUACUCACUGACAAUGACAGCAGCUUUGACAUCUAUUACAGCAUCAGCGAAAACAACUAGGCUUCCCCCUUCUCCAGUGGAACUCACCCCUGCUCCUCCCGAAACCACGGCAGCAGCCGCUUUCGCUAACAUGACAGCAGCUCCCUCCCUGGACUGCCGCCUCUCUGCCAACACCAUGGUGAAAACAGUUCUGUUUCUGAACACAAGGAGGAUGAUGAUUAGCAAUGCCUUCAGGGAGAGCGUGAGAAAAGGACUCAACCAAGUGCUGAGACAAGCUUUCCACCAGAACGUCAGCGCUCAGGUUGAAAUCCUGGAGCAAUCGAGUAAUCUCACAGUUGGUUACUACGUCACACGGGGGAGACUGGUUUUCAUGCCAGCUGCUGUCAUUGAAAAGCUGCUUGCCUACGGCGUCAGCAAUGCCACGUUGGACAUGAAGCAGCACGUGCCACAUCUGCAGGCCGUGGUGGCCCUGGCCCUGCCCUGGCAGCCCCCUCCCGCGUACCACUUCCAGCUGAAGACGGAGCUGCAGUUUGUGGGUCAAACAGACAAUAUUCAGUCAUGCAAAUUUGUUCAGACCAUGGAACAGCGGCUCCAGAGAGCAUUUCAGGAUGCUGAAAGAAAGGUCCUAAACACCAGCAACAACUUAACUGUUCAGAUUUUGAACACCUCCAAUGUCUCCCAAGCUGUCACUCUGUUUUACGUAGUGAAAAAUCAAAGCACAACUCUAAAUGGCACUAUUUCCAGCAACCUUCUUAAUCAGCUGUCAGCUGAGCUGGUGGGCUUCUACCUCACCUACCCACCUCUCACCAUUGCUGAAUCUUUGGAGUAUCCAAACCUUGAUGUCUCGGAAUCAACUAGAGACUACUGGGUGAUAACAGUCAUUCAAGGGGUUGAUAUUGCUUUACUGGGGCUGAACAACCAGAGCUUUGCCAGACUGAUGGAGCAGCGCUUGGCCCCGCUGUUCAUGAUGUCCCACCAGCAGGGAAGGCGCUUCAGACGUGCCACUACUGUGGGCAGCUACACUGUGCAGAUGGUAAAAAUCCAGCGUAUUCCAGGACCCAAGGAGCCAGCUGAACUGACAUACUACACUUUAUACAAUGGGAAGCCUUUGCUGGGCACUGCAGCUGCCAAAAUUUUGAGUACGGUUGACUCCCAGAGGAUGGCAUUGACACUGGGCUAUGUCAUCCAAGUUCAAGCUGAUCCUGUGGUGAAGAACCCCCCAAACAACCUGUGGAUCAUUGCAGCAGUGCUGGCUCCCAUCGCUGUGGUCACCGUCAUCAUCAUCAUCAUCACCGCGGUGCUGUGCAGGAAGAACAAGAACGACUUCAAACCAGACACCAUGAUGAACCUGCCUCAGAGAGCCAAGCCAGUACAAGGCUUUGACUAUGCCAAGCAACACUUGGGUCAGCAGGGAGCAGAGGAUGAGGUUUUACCUGUGACUCAGGAGACUGUCAUACUUCCACUUCCAGUCAGAGAUGCUCCUGCCUCCCAGGAGAGAGAAACCACCCAGGAUGGGAGCACCAUCAAAACUGCCAAAUCCAACGAAACAAGGAAAAGCCAGUCCCCGAGUCAGAAUGGCUCCAUCCUCAGCAAUGGGUCGGGAAAGCCCAGCUCCGGCCGGAGCUCCCUGCAGAAAGUGAUGGCACCCCAAAAAGUGGCGAAGGACGAAGGAAGGAAAAGGAACGUGGCCGUGAGUGAUGACGAGGAAGGAGGGAUUCUCUUUGAUAACAUUGCCAAGUCUGCCAUCGACCCCUUCGACACCUCCUCGGGAUCGGUGCAGCUCAUCGCCAUCAAACCCGUGGCCCUCCCUGCUGUCCAUGCUGCUUCAGAGAGGAGCCAGGAGUCUGCCAUCAUCAAUGGAGAGGUGAACAAGGCUUUGAAGCAGAAGUCUGACAUAGAGCACUACCGCAACAAGCUGCGCCUGAAAGCCAAGAGGAAGGGGUACUAUGAUUUCCCACAGGUUGAUAAUAGCAAGGGGCUGACAGACAGAAAAAGGAUGUAUGAGAAAAACCAGAAAGAACUUGACCACAUUUUGGAUCCAGAUGCAGAUGUCUCAUCUCCGUUUGCUGAGUCUAAGAACAGGCAGCCGUUGAAGAACUCGGUGUACAGAAGCAGGCAGUCUCUGAACAGUCCCAGCCCAGGGGAAACUGAGAUGGAUCUUCUGGUGACUCGAGAAAGGCCCAGACGUGGGAUCCGGAACAGUGGAUAUGAUACCGAGCCUGAGAUUAUAGAAGAAACGAACGUUGACCGGAUCAACGAGCCCCGGAAUUACAGCAGGUCCCGCCAGGCCAAGGGCCACUCGGAGACGUCGACGCUGAGCUCGCAGCCCUCCAUCGAUGAAGUCCGGCAGCAGAUGCACAUGCUGCUGGAGGAGGCCUUCAGCCUGGCCUCGGCCGGCCACGGGGGCCAGCCCCGGCAGGACGCCUACGGCUCGGCCCCACACCUGCCCUACUCCGAGGUGGUGACCAGUGCCCCGGGCACCAUGACCCGGCCCCGGGCGGGUGUGCAGUGGGUGCCCACCUACAGGCCAGAAAUGUACCAGUACAGCUUGCCAAGGCCCGCUUACAGAUUUUCUCAGCUUCCUGAGAUGGUAAUGGGUUCUCCUCCCCCUCCUGUCCCUCCCAGAACGGGUCCUGUGGCUGUUGCCUCUCUCAGGAGGUCUACAUCAGAUAUUGGCAGCAAAGUGAGAAUACCUGAGGCCAGUGGAGCAGAUCAGGCCCAGCAUCACGAUCAGACACCUUUUGCACCGGGUUCGAGAGCUCCGAUGUCUGUUGGUCCACUCGAUCAAUCAGCUUUUCACUCAGGAAAUACGGUACCAGCAGUGUUUGCCAUUCCAGCAAACCGACCUGGCUUCACGGGCUAUUUUAUCCCGACUCCACCCACCGCCUACAGGAACCAAGCCUGGAUGCCCUAUGCUGGAGAGAAUGAGUUGCCAGGGCAGUGGGCAGACUCUGUCCCACUCCCUGGCUACAUCGAGGCUUACCCGAGGCCCCGCUACCAGCACAGCUCUCCGUCCCGCCUGCCUCGGCAGUACAGCCAGCAGGGCAGCCUGCACCCCAGCCUGGAGCAGGCCCCGCUGGCAUCCACCGCCGCUUCCCAGCAGAGCCUGACCGACAACGACCCCUCCGACGCGCCGCUCACCAACAUCUCCACGGCUGCCCUCGUCAAGGCGAUCAGAGAAGAAGUGGCCAAGCUGGCCAAGAAGCAAACAGAUAUGUUUGAGUUCCAGGUCUAGUAUCUUCUGAGCACAGUAUUUGUAACUUGCGACCUGGGAUAGCCGAGAAAGCAACUCCUUUAAUUUUCAGCUACAAACUUCCUGUGAAUUGUGCCAAAGCGAUGGCAUUUUAAUCUGUCUGAAAAGUCAGCACCAUGAAAUGACUUACAGCAGAGCAACAGGACUCUGAAGACAUGAAAUUCUGCUUUCCAGCUAAGGAAAAGCUGCCAGGAAACUGUUUCAUACUGGUGAGAUCAACCAUAUGCAAUUGUUGGUCACUUUGCUCUCGUACUAUGACCUAUCAUCACUAAAGAUGCUGCUGAACAUGCCAGUGCCACAAGAAGUUUCAUUUGCAGACCCAGAGGUAGAGCUGCUGAAAAUAACUUCUGCAUGCUGAAACUUUGAUUCAAGGAGAAAAAACCUGCAGAACAUGGUUUGCUGAAGGCCAUGGUCGGCGUGGCUGUGGCCACAUGAAUUGUUUGCUGUGGGACAUUGUAUAAGGGGCACUGAUUCCAGCAAUGCAGAGUCAUUUCAGCCUUUUCAUUCCAGACACUGUAUUCAAACCAAAAGAAUUCAACAUGAUUAAAUUAUACAAAUGAGAGUCCUGUAAAUUGCUCCGAGUCUCUUCAUCCUUUUAACAGUACAAAGAAGUGAAAGAAGAGAGGACUGUGAAGAAGGUGAAUGACAUUUCGAUACUUGGUGGCUACCUUGUCCCUCAGUGCCACCGAUGAGUUAUGCAGCAGAUUUUUUUUCAGCGUGAGAGAGUACAAUGCAUGAAGAGCCAGCAAAGGAUAUUGGUGCUAAAAGCUUCCAAGAGAAAUGAAAAAAGGUUAUUCGUGUUUGCUCUAUAAUCAGGCUUUUCACUCUGAAUGCAUGUGAAGCUGGUAAACCUGAGACCUUUAAAUCCUUUCAACCUGAGAAAAUGGAUACGCCUGCUUGGACAAGAAAACCUCUGUCCAACACAGUGCUUUUUUCACUUUCUUUACCAAUGCUAUCUACUAAAGUGAUGCCAGAAAGUGCUACCUGAAGCUGCAGUUGAUUUUGACGACGCUGGCAUGGUGAAUGCGCACCCAGGAAGUUCUGAAUGUAGAGGACGUAAUUACUAUAUUAACAUGUAAAUAAGUUAACAGUUACAUGAAUUAACAAAAAUACUAAUGUUCUGUGAAAAAGAGAGCAUUGCCAGAAAUUAUGUUGACUUUAUAUUGUGCAAGAUAACGGUCACUGAUUGUUACACUGCGUUGUGGUAAGAAUCCAAUCCCAAAAGAAAGUCAAACCACUUGGAUGGGAGAGUAGUUAAUAUUUUGCAGUUGUACAAACUAGUUGGAGAUCAUGAACAAUUGUUUUCAGUUCCUUCAGCAAUGAGCUUCAGGAGCUGAAGUUGUUGCAAAAUUUGUUGUGUUGGGCGUGUUUGAUGUCAACUGGAGUUAAAGGUAAUGUCCUUCAUUUCAGUAGGUUAUUUAGUUAUCCUCAAUUACUAUUUUGUCUGAUCAUAUCAUUUCCCUGAGUUUCUUUGGUCUUAACUGAUAUGAGAAAGGGAACUUGGUUUAGCUUUUCGGCCAUCAGUAAAUUGAGAGGAGAGAGAAGACUAGAAUAGGGGAUAGAAGGAGAAAUUGAUGAAGCACAAACUUCUAAAGCAGAGCUAUUUUUCCCCCUAAUAAUUAUAUUAUAAACCCUGACUGAGACUGUGAUGCAUAAUUAUCCUAGAAUAUACAGACAUCUUCUGCUCCAAUACCUUGGAUAUUGCGGAAGCGUUUGGAAUGCUAGUUAAUCUUUCAAUAAAUGUGAAAUUUCAUUUUUAUUAUUUAAAAUCAGAUAUAAAUAAAAUGUAUUUUUGUAAUUUCUAUGUAUAUAUGUGCUGUAUAUUUAUAUAAGUGACUAGUCUGCUAUAGUCAGAAAAUUUCCAUAAACUAAGUGGAAAAAAAGAAAGAGAAAGAAAGAAAGAAAGAAAGAAAGAAAGAAAAACCCCCUGAUAAUUUUAAUGAUCAAUAUAAACAUGCUAUGUCUGAAGUACACAAAUAUACAUUUGGAUGACUUGGAUACUAAACAACCAAAGAAACUCAAUCUUUCAUAUAAAUACAAGUCUAGUAAAGACUGACUGCUGUCUCAGUUACCUGUCAGCCAGAUAAUACUGAUCUUAUCAGUGUAAUACAACACAGCCAAAUUGUGUCAAAUCAAUAGCUGGCUAAGAGCAUCACACUUUAGAAUAACAACUGAAAAAUACUGGGCCAAACUCAGUGUGCCACAGAAGAGACUUGUUCUGGUUGGCUUCAGUGGGAAUUUCACUCACUGAGAGCAAGGCUGAGUUUCUCUAUUUGGCUUCAUCUAUAAAAGCAAAUUUCACUAGACCCCCUUGAAGAGCAUUCUGCUUAUUUUUCAGUCAUUUGGAUCACUGUAACAAAAGUGCAGACACAAUGGAAGAGCAGCUGACUUUUAUUUAGCCUAAGCUGGUUCACAGCUGGCUUGACGUAACCUGGGAAGCGAAACCUACUCUUAAGUCGUGUCAGCCACAUUUUGCAUCAGCUUUAUUAUCUCAGUUUUGGAAUGAUUUUUCUAUGUAGCCCAGCGAAAUUUUGCAAGUGAAUGGGCCCUUCUAUGCAAUGGGAGUGAAGAUGUGCUGUGUAAUAAAUUUCUCUAUCUUAGACUCCAGUUUUGCAGAGUUAUUCUGAGGCUGAAAGUACGGAAGCAACUGUGAUCCCAUGGAUGGGCACGCUGAAGCCAUAGAGCUGGGAAGGGUAAUGUAAUGAUGUAUUCCCAAAAAAACGUCACAGGAAGCAGGACAUUCCAGUUUUAAACAGCAUCUUUUGGACACUUAGCUCUGUUUGUAAGUCUGUUCCCAUUCUUAAAUUUCAGCAAUUUAAUAGUGCUAUUAAAAAAUAUGUGAGGGUAAAGUCUCAUAUACCUUACAUGAUGAAUCUUGUAGCUUGCUUGGCAACUAAAAAUUUUGGAAAAUACAGAGAUGUCCAGGGUUUGGAUGUCUGUAGAAAACAGGAAAAUCCCAAACAAAAGCAUUUAAAUGGCCUUCUAGAAAGAAAAAAACAUUUCAGUAAAGUUAAACAAAGUACUCUUCAUACUUCUGAGGAAGAGCUGUUAGAGUUUCGAAAUUAAUUUUGUUUGGUGUUAUUAUGGACUAUGUGCAGUCUACUGAAUAUUUCCUGAACCAUCACUCUGAAACCAUUGUGGUGCACUUUAUUCAGAAAACCAUCUUACAUUCUUCGUUCAUAAUGCCUUUUUAUCCUGUUUGUAAUAUGUUUCUGUAUUUUUUUUUUUUUUUAAGUAUAAAGUAAGAUUAUAUCAAGACAGUAAGGACAUUCCUGGGAAAGAAAAAUCAUGCUGUAAUAUUUAUACUGUCUGAGCACAAAGCAAUGAUAAAGUGAAAAUAUAGUGUAUAAAUAAUUUGUAAUAUAAUAAACAUUUUGUAUGGCUACAAUUACAAUAUAGUUUUUCAAUACUGAUUUCAAAGAAGAAAGUAUUUGUGUUUAAAGUUUUAACCUUGUUGAGAUAUAUCCAUGCCAUUUUUACUGAGAAAAAAGCAGUAAUUCAGCUUUUUCUAUUUAAUGCCCCAAUUUUCUUUAAAGAUAUGUUGAAUGUUUAGGUGAAGGUACUGUUUUCUGUGUACACAAAAUGUUGAUGUUCUGACCACUAUUUGUCUUGAGAUUUGUAAAUCACCAGUAGAAACAGUUGCAAAUGAAACAACAUAAAAUUCCUUCUUGGCAUGUGUGUACUGACCACUUUCAGCUGGUAAACUACAUGUGACAUUUAUUAGCAUCAGUAGAAUAGUAACCUUAAAAGGACAAGAGGGCACCUGUUGACAGUCAUUUCUUGACUUGUUGGCAGUCAUUUCUUGACAUGUUAUCUGGAUUGGAGAGAAGCUCUAGCACUCAGUCUAGAAAUAUGAGUAAUAUUUGUGUGUCACAAUAUUAUGGGUAGAACUUGAUAGAAAUGCAUGCAAAUCCUAUAUGUAGAAAUGAGGAUUUUGAGUAGUCAUCAUUUUUUUCAGAUGCUCUCUCUGAAAAGAUGAAACACAUAAGAAGUGUAAGAUAAAAAGGAGAGGCAGGUAGAAAAAGUGAAAAUGGGUUGAGUGGCAGAAUUAUUUUGUUUAAGGCUGAUACAUACCAAGCUGACCACAGUUUCCAUUGCAUUUCAAGAUGUGUGACUGUUAAAGAAUGAACCACAUUUUAAUGCAUGUUCUUUAGCCCUGCAUUGCCCAUAUAAGAGCUGACUGCCAGUUUCUAGAAGUCUGAGGGAGCUUGAAAGCAGCAAGUUUUCUGAGCUCGCAGAAGUCACUUCAUUUUGCUGGCCCUGUUCAUCCUGCACACAUCUGAGCAGCUCCAAACACUGUGUCCAACCAGUUACUGUCCUGGUCUUGCAUUUCGUGCACAUUAACAAAUUCCAGUGGCUUCCCAUCCCUCACUGACGUGAAAUGGCAUAGGGAGAGGGAUCUUGCAUGUCACUCAUACCUACUAGAAAAUGGUUGUGUUUGGCAGCUUUCCCUUCAUGGGUUAAUUUUUAACUCCAGGACUGAGCAACAGAUUUCUUUUUUGUUUAUCAAAAUAAUUCUAAGGUUUGUUUUUAUUUCUUUUUCCAUUUUUAAGGAUAAGAGUACUCUUUGAGAAUGCUCUUUUUGAAUUUUUGCCUUUCUCUCAUAAAUAAAUAAUGCAAAACUCAACUUGUGGAGGUGAGAUUUAUAUAGGUCAGUAAAUAUAUUGCAUACUGACCUGUCCUUUAAAGGAAACUUUCAGGAUGGCCAAGUCAUAAAGGCAAAGCUGGUUAAUACUGCAGAAUCUCUACUGAGAAUAACUGCAUUGCCCAUCCUUGAUCAAAAUUUUUUUGCUGUGCCUCAAAAGUGAAAAGCAAUCAGAAAAUUCCUCAUCUGAUGAUUCCUGUCAUUCAGGAAACUUUGUGCUUGGGCUAUGUACAAGACAUGGGAGAUAAGAUAGAGAUUUCUGUGGGGUUCUGAGAUGGAUAAACUACCCUGUGUAACACAGCUGCCCUUUGGGUGACCCUUAAUACCAACAGACAUAAAAACUCCAGCCACCAAAGCGAUGUGGCAGAAAGGUGGUUUAGGUCCUGAUUUUAAAACUAUGACAUUUCAUGCUUUCAAAAUCCCCUUAAGACCAUACUCUUAUGAGUAGUCUAUCAUACUCAUGUGUAUAUAUAUAUUUGUGUGUGUCAAAAAAUAUUUUUUCAAAACUGGUUCUAUUUGUCUAUCAAUUUGUCCCCGUUCAUUUCAGGUUCCUUAAGGUGUACAGAGGCAAGUGAAGAGAAAAAUCUCAGAGCUGUUCUGUUAUGAAGCUCAUGAAAGAUGAUAAAUGGGCUUUAAAUAGUUAGGUGGUCAAAUGUAUAGUAGAUGUCUUGAAAAUAAUUACAAGUAUCAUGAAGAGGUGUUUCAGGAAUUUGAUUUUUUUUUUUUGCACUUGUUAAAAAUAAUUCUUGUUUUAAGAAGUGCCUGACUUCAUGAAUUUUCCACACUCGAUUCAUACCCAAGGAGUAGGUUGAAGCUAUAUUGCAUUCUGUAAAUAAUUUUGUAACUUUAUAAAUGCACGUUUACCUACUGGGCAAUAACGAGUGCAAAGGAUUGUAAAUCACAAAGAAAGGUGAUUCCACUGAGUACGAUAUUUAGAGAGCAGGUGAAUUUAUCUUCCAAAGUAUUCCCUCUUCACUGCAACCCUGUGCAUUUCUGUGCUGUGUAAAGCAGUGUCUAAACACCAUAACACACCUGGCAAGGAGAUCUGGAUGUAAGUAAACUUGAACUUUAUCUCUGUCUUUAUCUAAUACUCUCCACACGGCAAUAAGGAAAAAAACCCAAACGCUUUAUCCUACACCAAACAACUUUUAAUAUUUCUUUCUAAGACAAAGAGACUGGGAAGACUUUUUCAUUUCAUCUUGGUAUUGACUUCUGCAAGCUGUAUUCAAGGUCAUACUUGAUAGAAAAAAAAUGAGAGUGAAGCCCAAAUUUUUGGAAAAUAUGAUAGAACCCAUCUUACUGAGGCUUAAAUUCUUAUGCAGGAUUUAACAACCCAACAGAAGCAGCUCAGGCCCGACAAAAGGGUCAGUUCUGCGCAGUUCUUUGGAUCUCAUUAGAAAGCAUGUUUGUCCAGCACAGAUGCUCCUAUGCUUUUUGACUUUUUGUCUUCAUUUAAUGUCUUUCCUGCCAUUGCCGUGCAUUCUAAAUUUGAGUUUUACAUUGUGUACCCAAAGAAGUGCACUCUUUACCUUGCUGAUAGGCUGCUGGUGUGACAGAAGUAGUCACCAACACGUGACAGAAUUUUUAAAUAGCCAUGGCAUUGCAUGGCUUCAGCCCACGUUGUGCUUUGUAUGUUCUCCUAUUAGUGUUCAGGAAAAACACAGCUGUAGGUAACAUUUUCCACUGAAAUUACUGGCAAAACACCUGCUCCCUUCAAGGAGAACAGUGCUGAGCCAGUAAUCCCCCAGUAAAUGAGCCAUUACAAGUAUCUUAAAACUGUACCAAGAGAGGAAGAAUGCUGUCUGGUCAUGGGUGGCUGGAAAUUGGGAGACUGAAGGUUGGUUUGCUCUUCUUCAGGAUUUUGGAUUGGUCCAAAAUGUGAUUGUGCCUCAGUGUCCCAUCUGUAGGGCAGGGUGAAGGGACUGCCUCUCCUCACUGCCCUGCUGAAACGCUGGAACCCUGGACUGUGAUGGAUACUUUAGUAAGAAGCACUAUUUAUUACUUCAUGGAGCUUUGGUAAUUGUUCAGGACUAUAAAUUACCUGUUCCUAUGGUAGCAUUUAAAUGUCAAUUUACAAGGGAAAAAACCCACCUCUUGACAAUAUUUCAGUGUGUUCUAGGAAGCCUUUCCAAUAACAGCCUCUACACUUUUUUACAGAGAUUUACAGAAUUUAUAUCAAUAAAUCGUCUCACUUCCCAGGCAACAGAUCUCACUUUCCAAGGAAAUGAACUUUUCUUACGUCUUUGAAUUGUGGAAAGGACUAGCUCUGCAUGAUUACAAAUAUCCAUGUUAUCUUUGGUGUUCACAGCUUGAUUCAACUGAAUUGUAACGGCUGUGUCUGUGAAACUUGCUCAAAAUUUAUGAGAUUUUCAGCUGUAAGUGGGAAAACUAAUUUUCUGAAGCUGCAAAACUGAGAGCAAAUUUAAAGCCGAGUCUAGGGAUUAAAUCGAAAGAAUAAGAAAAUAAAUAAUUAAAAUUUUAUACUAUGCAAUCAGAAGGAAAAUCUCCAAGAACUGGUAUGUAAACCCAUGCUGAUUGGUAGAAUUUUACAUAUGACUGAAAAGGAGGCAUUUAAAAUGUUCUGGGUCAUUACCAAAUUACUGUUUUUACUCUGAGCCAUAGGGUGAUUCUAGAAGUAAAGCUUACGAGUACAUAGAAUAGUUCCUUUCAUGUUAGUGGCUAUAGCUUAGCUGAAGUUGUACGUGUGUUUUCCUUGGCAAUUUUGCACAUGAAAUAAAAUAUGUCUUAAAAUCUGA